AUGAAGACCGUCUACUGUUUCCUUACAGUUUUAGCCCCUUUUGUUCUUGCCAAAGCGCCCCUCGUGAACAGGGGCGUUUCUGAUGGUAUUGCUGAUAACUACAUUGUAGUUAUGAAAAAGGCAGACUCGAAGACGCUUCAAGCGCAUUACCGGCAAAUACAUACUACUUCUCAACGCAUCAACGAUGGAAAUCAAGGAGUUGUUAGAACUUACCAAGUCCAAGACUUCAACGGUUAUCAUAUCGAGUGUGAUAACGCAACUCUUGAGAGUAUUCGUAAUAAUCCCGGUGUCGAUUACGUCGCUCAAGAUGGUCGGGUAACAGCACAGAGUGCCAUUCCCACCAACGUUCCCAGGUCAGGCCCGACUGCGAACACGUGGGGUUUGGGCCGAAUCUCCCAUCGAGACGCCGGCAUCCCAGUCUAUGUUGACGAAAACAACGCCCCGACCUUUGCCUAUAUGCUGGAUACCGGAAUUCGUGUGACUCACCAGGAGUUUGGAGGCCGCGCCAUAUGGGGUCAGAAUUUCAUAACCGGAUCACAGAACAUCGACGAUAACGGACACGGAACUCAUACGGCUGCGACGGUCGGAGGUAACACAGUUGGAGUUGACAAUAGUACCAAACUCAUUGCAGUGAAGGUUCUAGAUCAAAAUUCAUCCGGAGCUUGGUCUGGAAUGAUUGCCGGGAUACAAUGGGCCGUGAAUGAUGCCCAGUCGCAGGGCAGGAUCACUCGAUCUGUCAUCAACAUGUCGAUAGGGGGGCCUAAGUUUCAGCCCCUCAACGACUGCGUCAAAAGUGCAGUCGACGCUGGUAUGACAGUAGUAGCGGCCGCCUGCAACUACGGCGUCGAUGCAUGCACAUACAGCCCAGCCUCGGCACCUGAAGCUAUCACAGUAGCAGCUGUGGAUAUAUCCGAUACUCGGCCCAAUUGGUCGAAUUAUGGGGCUUGUGUCAAUAUAUUCGGUCCCGGUGAUAACAUCUAUUCGGCCUGGAAAGACAGCGACACUUCAUACCAGGUCUUAAGCGGAACUAGCAUGGCAAGUCCUCAUGUUGCUGGGCUCGUAACAUACUUGUUCUCGCGAGAAUUCAUAUCGGGGCAGACAGAGGUGAAUAACCGUCUGAUCCAACUCGGGACGGAGAACAAGGUGCAGAAUCCCAACGGAAGUCCGAAUUUGAUUGCCUUCAACGGCAAUAAAGAUGAGUUAUAA